CCACUCGCCUCAACCACUGUGCCAGGGGUGACUGCAGUGAAAAAUAAAAACAAAAACGGAAAACCCAGAAAAAAGCAAAAAAGGAAAGGAAAGCAGAAAAACGGGAUAAACGUUUGGUGGCUGGAACACGAACACGAAGCAGUGCUUUCUUUUAGUUACAGGUAGCGAGAGCCCAGGCCACCACCCCCAUUAGCUCCCUAUGGGCACGCGAUACUUUGCCAAUCCGUUUCCGGAUUACGGCGGUGGGCCGAUACAGCGAUGCGAUGACCACAUCAAGGGACUGAUCCAGUCGUACGUGAAUCUGAUCGUGGAAAAUACCAAACCGGACCGUAACACCGACCAGCGUGGUGAUUUGUACGUGGGCGAUGCAGGUAUCGCGUACAUGUUCUUGAAGCUGCACGAUGCGGGCAUAUUCGGGCAGGAAGCGUUACAGUACGCGAAGCAGUACAUAGUGAAUGCCAAAGCACUGGCCGCACGGUACGCGGCCCGACCCGAGGAACGCUGCUCCUUCCUGUGCGGCAAUGCGGGCGUGUACGCGGUGUCGGCCGCAAUCGCCCACCGGCACAAUGCGAAGCAGGAGAUGGACGAGGACCUGCGCUGCUUCGCGACCGGCAUCGAGGUGUGCAAGCGGCUCGACUUCAACAAGAACGGCAGCGACGAGAUACUGUUCGGCCGGGCCGGCUACCUGUCCGGCAUGUACUGGCUGCACCAGACGAUCGAGCGGAAGCUCUUUUCGCAGGAAAUUCUAACCGUCAUCUGUGCCACCGUGCUGGAGAGCGGCAAGCGGCACCGCACCGGACUUCUACCUCUUUACUAUCAGUGCUACGGGGACGAUUACCUGGGCGCGGCGCACGGUACGUCGGCCAUCAUGCACAUGCUGCUGGAGUCGCCGCUGCAGCAGAACCUGAGCAGCGUGGAGAUGUCGCUGGUAAAGAACACGGUCGACGGGCUGCUCGGUUUGCAGGACAGCGAGGGCAACUUUCCCACCACGCUGCAGGACUGCGUGAGGCGUACGCGCAGCGAAUCGCUCGUGCACUGGUGCCACGGAGCCGCCGGUGUCGUUUAUCUGAUGGCGAAAGCGUAUCUGGUGUUUCAGGAGCAGCGCUACCUGCAGUCCUGCAUCCGCAGUGCGGAUCUCGUCUGGCGCAAGGGUUUGCUGCGCAAGGGCCCGGGCAUCUGUCACGGGGUGGCGGGCAGUGGGUACGUGUUUCUGCUCCUGUACCGGCUCACGUCCGAUCCGAAGUAUCUGCACCGGGCGCUCAAGUUUAUGGAGUUUCUAACGCACGAGGAAUUCAUCCGCAACGCCCGGAACCCGGACUGCCCGUUCAGCCUGUACGAGGGUUACGCCGGCACCGUGUGCUAUCUGAUCGAUCUUCUGCGCCCGGAAAAGGCCGCCUUUCCAUUUAUGGACGUGUUUGAAAAGAAAUUCUAAAAGCAAGCGUUGUAGCAUUAUUAUCUAUCUUUCUAUUUAACAACCCUAUCGUUCGGUCGGACUGGUGGGUCCGUUGGUUGCGAUCACUAGGGGCGUCUUCCUUGCGAGUCAGGAUGGAUCAGGAGGGUAGCAGUAGCAUCAUGUGAGGAAACGACAGUUUACACGUUGGUACAUCGAAUUGGAUGGAGCAAGGAUAGCGGGUCACAUGUACACAUGUGCUCGCAACGAGUCAGUAGUAUAUGUAGCAGUAUAUAGAAAUCAUGUAGGCACAAACAACAAAACCUGUUGGGUAUCUAACGAAAUAGGCAGCAAAAUAUGGUAGCACGCAUUCCCCGAGUUUAGUAAUCUUCUACCGUGCUCGUAAUCUUUCUAACUGUGUUGUGUUUUAUAAUUUCCUUUUCUGAACCUGAAAGUGAUCAUGACGAGGAAUCGCACAAAUUGUGAACGAAACGAAACGAAGGAUACAAAUCAAUGCAAGACUAAAACCAAACACAUCUUCUCGAAAUGGCCACCGUGUGGUUUUCGCUAUCGCUAAGCGGACGGACGCUAGUAAUAAUAACUGCCAACAUAAUAAGGAACAGUAGCAAGCAAACCCGUGUAGGAAAAGCGGAAAAAUGGAACAGUAUUUUGCAACAAAACAAAAAAAAAACAAAAGACAAAGCAGUAAACAACACCCCUGUAGCAGAUACCGGUGAGGUGUGCUCUAUUGAACAUUGUGUGCACUGCGGCACGCUGGCAGUUGUGAUUCGUAAGUAAUUUAUCUUAUCUCCUAGUCUGUAAAAAGAAACUCAUUAGAAAUCGUAAUGAUGAUGCUCUCUUGCUUCCAAAUGGACAACAAAGUGUGCGCCUGGUUGUUGAUGUUGCGUUUGAGGUGGUGGUGGGGUCGUGGUAUCGUCUCGACCGGGCACAUCAUAAGGUCCCCAGCCAGGAUGAUCAGGUAGUCGUUAGAUCAAAUGCUCGAUACAUCAAUGAAAGUCAGCCUCCCUGUGUGUGUGUGUGCCCAUUUUCCGUGGUAGAGUAGUGAAUGCGCGGUGCGCCUAUAGAAGGGCCCCUAAGGUCGGUAUAGGGUAACACUCAACACUCUAUCUGUAGCUAGCUGGGUGGGAGGUUCUGUCAGGUGAACGCGGCGCCGAAGCCAGUGCGGUUAUAGUGGAAGACGAAUCUGAAUCUGAUGGCUGUUUGUCCUGUUUGCUGUAAGGUUAAGUGAUUAAAUUAAAAUUGACGAUUGCUGGAGUGUGUAUCGUUUUGGAAUGAAAUAAAGUUAAUCAUAUGAAAUGUUCAUUCACCACAACAA